AUGGUCACCACCACUUCCACGCGUCAGCUCCUUUGCCUCACCAUGUUGGGGUACAAGAAACCAGGACUCACUGAGGAAGAACUCUGCGACUUCCAAGUCAGCAAGCAUUCUCAAUUGGUUUCUGGCCUUAUGGAGAAGUAUGGAGUUAUCCGUUACAGCAUUACCCACAACGCCGCGAAGCCCAUGAACCUGCUCCCUCUUCUGUUCGAUCCCAACUAUGUCGAAUAUUCGGAUCACGACUUUGUGGUUCAGAUUAUUAUCCCAAACCUCGAAUCUUUCCUCGCGCUUAAAGAAGAUCCAAUCUAUAAGGAACGUAUUGCCAUGGAUCAUCUGAAUUUUGCUGAUCGCACUGAUCGCGCACGUCGUACCAGUAUGAGCCUCGGAUACGUACACGAAAUUAUUAGCGACGGACAAGUGGUUUACGUGGAGGAUAUGAAUGCGGUGCAUUGCCAGGUCAACAACCAGCUCAUGGACUCCAAUGGUACAUUUGCCAGUGCUUAG